AUGGAUGCAAUGACAUUAGUACAAAAGUAUGGUAAACCAGAUAUAUUUCUGACCAUGACUUGCAAUCCUAAUUGGCCAAAAAUAAAAGAGCACUUAAUAGACAAAGAAGAGGCACAAAACAGACCAGAUUUGCUUGCUAGAGUAUUUCAUGCUAAGUUAGAGCAGCUUAAAGAUGAACUUCUGAAAAAAUGCAUCUUUGGUGAAGUGUCAGCUUAUACUUAUGUCAUUGAAUACCAAAAACGUGGACUGCCACAUACACACUUUUUGCUAAUUUUAAAGUCAAAAUUCAAGAUGUAUACCCCUGAAGAAUAUGAUAAAAUUGUCUGUGCUGAGAUACCAAAUAAAGAGAAAAAUGAACAUCUAUAUAAUUUGGUCAUUAAACAUAUGCUUCAUGGACCAUGUGGUUCACUUGAUCCAACAAGUGUAUGCAUGAGAAAAAAUGGAACUUGCAAGAAUAAUUUUCCUAAAAAUUUCUGUGAGGAAACUAUCCAAACUCUUAAUGCAUAUCCUGAAUAUCGAAGGAGAGAUGAUGGAGUUCAAAUUAAGAUUAAAUCAGCUCUUUUAGAUAACAGAUGGGUUGUACAAUACAAUCCAUAUCUUUUGGCUAAAUUUGAUUGCCAUCUUAAUGUUGAAAUAUGCUCUACAAUUAAGGCAGUCAAGUACAUUUACAAGUAUAUCUAUAAAGGUCAUGAUAGAACUAACUUUUGUGUAGUAAAUAAUAAAUCUGAUUCAGAAAUUGAUGAAAUUAAACAAUAUGUAUCAGCUAGGUGGGUCUCUCCAUCUAAGGCAGCAUGGAGAAUUUUUAGAUUCUGUGGUAUUGGAAAAACGUUUCUGUAUAAAGCUUUGUUAGCUGAUGUUAGAUCUAAAGAUUAUCUUGCUCUUGCUACAGCUACAUCAGGAAUUGCAGCUUCCAUUUUACCAGGUGGAAAGACUGCACAUCCCAGAUUUAAAAUUCCAAUAGAUAUCUUUGAUGGUGCAACAUGUCGGGUCAGUAAACAAACUUCUUUAGCUGCAAUGAUCAAGGAAGCAAAACUCGUAAUCUGGGAUGAAGCACCAAUGUCUAAAAAGGCAGCAAUUGAAGCUUUAGAUGAUCUCUUAAGAGAUUUAAUGAAUUCAGAAGAAAUAUUUGGGGGAAAGGUCUUCAUGUCUAGACAUAUAUCUUCAGUGCUAGACAUUCAGAAAGGAGCAGAAAAGUGGACUGUUCUCGCACAAGUUGUUCACAGAGGCCAUAAUCAACUGACUCGUGAAGUUCCACCGAGGCGAAUUAUGCGCUUUCUACUCACAGAUACUGAGGGAACAAAAGUUUCUGUUGUGACCUAUGAACAACACAUCAAGAUCUUCAGCAAAUUUCUACAGCCUUAUCAAAGAUAUUAUGUUUCUAAUGCAAUUGUGGUUCCUGUUGACCCAACAUACAAAGUUGGGAGCUAUGAAUGCUCCUGGAUUUUGAACUACAAGACUUUGAUUGAAAAUUAUGCUGAACCUGUGCCACCUAUGUUGCCUUGCAUAUUUGAGCUGACAAACUUCUCUGAUCUGCACAAAUAUGCUGAUUCAGAUAAUCUUUGCAAUAUUAGAGGCUUUGUGAUUCACGCAUUCCCAGUAAAGCAGGUGGAUCCAGAUUGUACUUCUAGAGACAUUAUAAUAGUGAAUGAAGAGAAAAAACUCAUGCUUAUGACUCUCUGGAAUGAAUUUGAACAUGAUGAAGGGAGCAAAAUAGCAUACAUGAUUAGCACUGCACCUCUAAUCAUAGCUCUCCGUGUUAAAGUGACCACAUUCAAUACUUUGUCAUUCACUACAAGGUAUUCAUCUGGAAUUCUGAUAAAUUCUCCACUCCCAGAUGACCUCUCUUUCAAGCAAUGGUUUACUUUGAACAAGGAAGAAAUCCGAAAUUUGCUUGAUGCUAAAACAUACAGUGAUGCUAACUGUUUACUUCCUCCUCCAAAUGAAGAGGAUAUUAAAGCAAUCAGCACUUUUCAAGCAUUAUUUCUAGUUCAAAAGACAGCUUGGGUGCAAGGAACUGUCAAACUUGCAUAUGGAUUCACCAAAUAUUGGAUUACUGCUUGUGUGAAUUGUCACAAAAUUGUGAAUGCUGACAUUGACUGGAUCAUCCAUUGUCCUUCAUGCAAACAGCAAAGUGAAGUUGAACUCAGGUCAACUGCAGAGAAAGAAUACUGUCAUUAAGGCUUACACUGCAACUGAACUAUCGCACCAUCCCCUUCCACUAGGACUUCCAGAAAGGACUCAAGUUUCUUCUGCACUUGGCAGUUCAUCAGCAAGGCAUCCAAAAAAAUCAUCAAAGGAUCAGAUGUUCACACCAACCACAAAGUUGGCACUUGAACAAAUUGCUGGAGCCAGUUCUUACAAAGAAGACCAGACGUCUACAACCAGUGGAGCAAAAAGAAGUCUUGAGUUUCCAGAAUAUUUACCAGCAGACACACUUCCUGAACAUGCAACAAAGACUGCUAAACAGUUUGCCAAAGAACCUGCAAAAUCAUAUAGCCCACCUGGCAAUAUCAAGGACAGUCCAGCAAAGAAAGCUAAAGCAAAGGAAGAUUGAUAUGGUCUAAUUCCGUACUUUUGUUAUAUCUUUUGUUCAUUGCCUUGAUGGCUGUCUUCAUUCCUUAGACAAUGUCUUUUGAAUUAUAUUAUGAUCCAUUAUUCUUUUGACUUAAAAA